AUAGUAGCGACAUCCGGUUAUGACAUAACGUGGCUACAGUUUGUACUAAUUUCAUAACCUCAAAGUAGUUGUCAGUUCGAAUUUUCAGGAGUAAAUAGUAUGCCGCUAGGAAAAUUCGGAAAAAUAACACUUUCGUGGGCAGUGAUCACCAUAUCGAGUUUGUCCCUGUUUGUGGUGUCAAAAAACUCCAUAAAUGCGAGCCGGUUGGAGAAUAUGAAAUCGCGGGAACGCAUGCGCAAGUCUAAUCAGGGAGAGUAUCCAGACGUUUACAGAAAGUUGUGAUUUUGAGAGUGUAACAGACACAAAAAUAAAAAUGGCGACACCUCAACUUGACCCUGCGAAGUUGCAAUUGGUGCAAGAGUUGGAGAUUGAGAUGAUGUCCGACAUGUACAACCGACUGGUGACGGCGUGUCAC